UUUUCAUAUUUCCAUGCAGGACCUCUCCAGUUUCACCAGUGAACAACAUGCCUCAUCCAAAGGUUCCAGACAUGGGCUCUGCCUUCAUCCAGACACAGCAGCUCAAUGCUGCCAUGGCCGACACCUUCCUGGAACACAUGUGCCUGCUGGACAUCGACUCUGAGCCCACCACUGCAAGAAACACCGGCAUCAUCUGCACCAUCGGACCGGUCUCCCGUUCUGUGGACAUACUGAAGGAGAUGAUCAAGUCUGGAAUGAACAUUGCUCGCAUGAACUUCUCUCACGGCACACACGAGUACCAUGCAGAUACUAUCAAGAAUGUGCGUGAGGCAUGUGAGAGCUUUGAGCCGGGAAGUAUCCAGUACAGGCCCAUCGGUAUCGCCCUGGAUACCAAGGGCCCUGAGAUCAGGACCGGCCUCAUCCAGGGAAGCGGCACAGCUGAGGUGGAGCUGCAGAAGGGCAACACGAUCAAGAUUACCGUGGAUGAUUCUCACCAGGACAACUGCAGCGAUGAGCUCCUCUGGCUCGACUACAAGAACAUUACCAAGGUGGUGGAAGUUGGCAGCAAGAUCUACAUUGAUGACGGACUAAUUUCCCUGCAAGUUACAGAGAUUGGUUCUGAUAACCUCAUCUGUGAGAUCGAGAACGGUGGCACCCUGGGCAGCAAAAAGGGAGUGAACCUCCCCGGUGCUGCUGUAGACCUCCCUGCUGUUUCAGAGAAGGACAUCAAGGACCUGCAGUUUGGUGUGCAGCAUGGAGUCGACAUGGUCUUCGCCUCCUUCAUCCGCAAAGCAGCCGACGUACACGCCGUCAGAGCGGUGCUGGGAGAGAAAGGCAAAGACAUCAAGAUCAUCAGCAAGCUGGAGAACCACGAGGGUGUACGCAGAUUUGAUGAGAUCAUGGAGGCCAGCGAUGGCAUCAUGGUUGCCCGUGGUGACCUGGGAAUUGAGAUCCCCACAGAAAAAGUCUUCCUAGCCCAGAAGAUGAUGAUUGGUCGCUGUAACAGAGCUGGCAAGCCGAUCACAUGUGCCACUCAGAUGUUGGAGAGCAUGAUCAAGAAGCCCAGACCCACCCGUGCUGAGGGCAGUGACGUAGCCAACGCCGUGUUGGAUGGCGCUGACUGCAUCAUGCUGAGCGGAGAGACAGCCAAGGGAGAUUACCCCCUGGAGGCAGUGCGCACACAGCACAUGAUAGCACGAGAGGCUGAGGCAGCCACCUUCCACAGACAGCUGUUUGAGGAGCUGAGGAGACACUCCCAACUGACCAGAGACCCUUCGGAGGCAGUAGCCGUCGGAGCUGUCGAGUCCUCGUUCAAAUGUUGUGCUAGUGCCUUCAUUGUUCUCACCAAGACUGGAAGAUCUGCCCACCUGCUCUCCAGGUACAGGCCCCGUGCACCCAUUAUCGCCGUCACCCGUAAUGCUCAGACAGCUCGCCAGGCCCACCUGUACCGCGGCAUCUUCCCUGUCCUCUACACCAAGCCUUCUCACGAUGUGUGGGCUGAGGACGUCGACAUGCGUGUGAACUUUGCUAUGGAUAUGGGCAAAGCCAGGGGCUUCUUCAAAGAGGGAGAUGUUGUCAUCGUCCUGACUGGCUGGCGUCCAGGCUCCGGUUACACCAACACCAUGCGUGUGGUUCUGGUGGCCUGAACAGCUUCUGGUGGCCUCUGCUUCCUCCCUUUAUGUUCAUCUUUAUUUCAUAUUGCUCCACCCCUACGCUCCAUACCAGCUCACAGCCUUUCAAUCUAAGACUUGGGCUCAUAGACUCAAUCGCUGCAGAAUUUAGCAUUUAGCCAAUAAUGCAAAGAAUAAAAAAAAAAAAUAGAUUAUAGCCUUCAUGGCCAGAGAGCUGUUUUAGCCAAGAGUGGAGGCUUGUUCAGUACUAUUCCAAUUUAUGUCUCUAUUCCUUUCACAUGGGUACUCUCAAUCAAACCAGUCUGCGGGGCCUCAGAUGAAUACACGCUGACCAGAAAACUGCUGUAUUUAUUCACUCACUCACUCACAUAGUUAAAAGUUAACCAGUCUGAAAGUGAAUACAUCCUGGUCUGUGUGCAUGCGCUUACUGGCUUGUUUAGGUUGGGUUAGUGGUGGAGCAGGCUGAUCUCCACAGAGCACCUUUAGUACUGUAACACUUGACUUACUGAUCACACUCCUGCGGGUAUAAUGAACAAACUGGGUGCAUCCUAAAUCAAAAGGAAUGAUCCUACGGGGAAGCCUUUGCUCCACCUCUCCACCUAAACAAACCCUUGUGUAGUGCUGUCUGUAUGAAGUGUCCACUCUUAAAGCCAGCUGUCACUGUUAAUGUCUACCUUUAAAUGUUGCACUCCUUAUCUACUCCAGACAAUGUUACAUUCAAUAUUAUACUUGACUUUUUUGAAUGGUAAAUUUUUGUCUCGGGACAUCCAAUUCUACUUAUAUUUUGUCUGACCUUAGAGAAAUGUUAGUUUUGGAUGUCCACUUAAGAGCUGUUUGAGCUAGUUACUGUGUUUGUGUUAUUAAAUGUGUGAGAGUCUUUGUUUAUUGGCAUUUGGAUCAUAUCUAAGUUAGCGCUUAUUUGAAUGAGGUAUGGUUCACUAACAUUGACUCAUGUGAAAGAGCACUUUUGGGUUUCUUUUCUCACAAGGGACCUGAGGAAGGAACAUAGCUGUGUCCCUUUCAGCCCCAGUGGGUUAGGGGCGGCCCCCCUCCACUGUAGCUGUCUUCAUGUGUCUAAUAUGCUCUGGAUUGUAACACUAGAGUGUGAGAACUAACUUUAUGUAAAGGGGAAAUAUAAUGUAUAGCUGGUGUACUGAGCUGUCCUAAAAGACUGGAUUUCCAUCAAUAAAAGAGAUAAGCACCAA